GGAUUGCGGGGAGGCGCCUUUCUCCUCUUGGCAGGAGGGGCUUUGCGUGGGGCGAGGGGGGAGGCCGAUGGGGUGGCUGCUGCUCCUCCCCCUCUUGUUGGGGGGCUGCUUCGGCUGCUCCAGUCACUCCUUGCGCUACUUAUGCACGGGGGUGUCAGGGCCCAGUCAGGGGCUGCCCCCGUUCAUUGCUGGGGGGUACGUGGACCACCAGCCCAUUGUUAAGUAUGACAGUGAAACCGAGAAGUCUGUGCCCCAAGUUUCCUGGAUGUUGAAAGCAGAGAAGGACAAUGCUCAGUACUGGGAAAAGAGCACCCAGGAAUUCCUCAAGCUGGAUAUGAAAUUUAGCCAGUACCUGCUGGACCUACAGGAUCAAUACAACCAGAGCAAAGGCUUCCACACUCUGCAGCUCAUGUACGGCUGUGAACUGAGCCCAGACGGGCGCAAAGAAGGGUAUUACCGGUACGGCUACGACGGGAGGGACUUCCUCAGUUUUGAGAAGGAGACCCUCACCUGGACGGCAGCUGACAGAGAGGCCCAAGUGAUGAAGAGGAAGUGGGAGGCAGAGUUGGCCAAGAAGCAGUACCGGAAGGCCUACCUGGAGGAGGAAUGCAUUGAGUGGCUGCAGAGAUACCUGGACUACGGGAAUGAAACUCUGCUGAGGACAGAGCUCCCAGUGGGGAAGGUGACGCGUCAGGCCCUUCCAGACAGCCAGGAGUCCCUCAUCUGCCAGGCCUAUGGCUUCUACCCCAGAGAGAUUGACACCACCUGGAGGAUGGACGGGAAGGUCAUGGAGCAUGCCACUUUCCGCAGGGACGUCGCUCCCAAUUCCAACGGGACCUACCACGCCUGGCUCAGCAUUGACGUGGACCCCCAGGACAGGAACCGCUAUCAUUGCCACAUAGAGCAUGUCAGCCUAACACAGCCUCUGGUCUUGGCCUGGGAGGAGCCUGCUAAGGGAGGCCAUUCUUUUGCCACUCUGGGAAACGUUGUUGGGGGUGUGGUGGCAGCGGCUGUGGUAGUAGUUGUGGUGGCUGCUGUGAUCUUCUUUGUCCGCAAGAAAGUACGAAUGAAAGCAGCCUAUGAAAGAACGUCAACAAGCAGCCAGGAGCCCGCCAGCUCCACCAGCUCCUCCGUCGGGGACAUUCAAGGCAGCACAGAAAUAGAAAUGAGGAAUUUUCAACGAGGAGGGAGGCCACCUUCAGGUCACUUCCCUUUAUGAAAUGUCUGCCUCCAAACCUGCCCAUCCCAGCGGGGAGAGGCUCCAGGCUGGCUCCUCAGGGCUGCUUUGAGAUGGGAACGUGGUUGGCAUCCAGAACUAUCUCCCCCUCUGCAGCGAAAACAACAGACUACACAAAAGAACAAAGCGACAGGAAUUUGAGCUCCGAGGAGUCAAAAACCAUUUCAGCCUCUCAAGACACUCAGUUAAGUGACCUUAGACUGGCCGUCCUGCCACCAAAGGAACAGCAAAAGGAGACUGCGAGGAAAAGGGCCAAAUUACUGUUGCCCAAGAGUUUUGGUGCUAUCAGCUGCGGACUGAAUUGGGCGAAAGGGGUUUUUGUUGCCCCGUGACAGGCAUUGUUAUUGUUCAUUUAUUAAAUUUGUAUGUUGCCCUAU